AACAAAUAAUCGCACACCCCCAACGAAGAGCAACUGCCAGCCCCAGCCGUCGACAACAAACAAGACAACAAGAAGCAAAGAACAAGCGGCGAUGAACCUGAAAGAGGCACUGGCGGCACUGCCCGAUGAAGACGCUGCCAAGGAGCUGGAGGAUGCACUGGUGAAAGAGGCAAACUUGCAGCAGCUCGAGGAAGCCGGUGCAGUGGAUGCGCUCGUGCAACAUGUGCUGUCAAAGGAAACAUCCGACGCCGUCAAGACAUCCCUUGCAGCGUGCUUGAAGACAAUUGGCGAACAAGGCAGCAAUGGCGCCUCCUUGGUGGCAAACAGAUUCUUUGAAAAGCCCGAAGCUAUUGUGGAGACUGAGAAGGGGGCAUUGCUGCUGUUUGACAUCUUGGAUGUCAUCCUGCACAUUCGCACACUCAAGCGCCAGCUGACCAAUUCCGACAGCACAUGGAAGGCAUUGUUGCAACACAAGAGCGACGAUGUGGUCAAGAAGACAUGCACAAUGCUCUCAUCCCUCACGGCUGUGGAGGUAGGAACACGCCUCCCCCUGCUCAUGCACACACCACCAAAGCUACCAGUUUGCGCGUCCAUGUGUCAAAGUGUUGAAACGCUGCAAGCGCUGAUCAAGGCUGACCCCAAGAACGACGUUUGGACAGACGAGGGCGGGUUCCUGAAGGCGGUGCACGCGUCUGUACUCUCUGAGAAGCAAAACUGUGGCGACAUGCUCACUGCCCUCGAACUCCUCACAGACUCAAGCACAGAGAUGACGGCGAAGAUGCUCAAGUCGGCGAUGAUGGGCAAAAUCAUCCGUCUCAUCGGCAAGGCGCCGUUCAUCCACACCAGGAAACUCGCACACGUGCUGUGUACGCUGAGCGGUCUUGUUUGGGAGGAGGAGCAUCGCGACACCAUUGUCACGCUCGUCACUGAUGUCCUUCCUGGCAUCUUCACAAACUUCAGCGUCGCCAACCCCGCACACGCCCAAUCGCAGGAGGAGCUUGCGCGUGCGCUGGUUGCUGUGACAACGACAGAGAGCGGGUGCCGGGCGGUGUUGAAAGGCGAUACGCUGAAGCGCAUGCUGCCACUGCUGGAAGCAAACCACGCCAUCAAGACGACCCUUGCGCAUGCGGUGUGCAAUCUCGUGACGAUGGCGACGACGUUUGGACUGGACGCAUCAUCCGCUGUGCCGAGUUUGAUGCGCCUCGUCACGCAGGACCAAAACAAAACGCUUGCGACACGGGCUGCAUGUGCACUCUCUGUCGCCUCAAAGGGCAUUCUUGAAGAGUCACUUCUUCAAUCUGUCAUGGGCGUCCUCACACAAGCACUCAAGGAUGCCACGGGCGAGCAGAAGGAGAAACAGGAGGAGAAGGAGGAGGAACAGAAGAAAGCCGGGCCCGCGGCGCUGUACGCUGUUGCGCGACACACGCUGGUGGCGAGCUUGGCAGACCUGUGCUACUCCGACAUCGUGAAGGAGAUUGUCAGGAGCGGUGUCGUUCUUGCACUCGUCUUCAAGGACUACAAGCCUGGAGAGUGCCGGUCGCUCGACAUUGCUGCUGCUCGCCUCCUCUCCCAGCUCUCGUUCAUCUGCAGCCUCAAGUCAGACCUCAAGCGAGAUUUCCUCCCGGAGGUCGAGGCGCUGGAGAAGUCGACGGCUGACGAUGAGGCUGUUGCAAGUGAAUUCUACCCAUCCCUCUUUCCCGCAAGUCUUCAACUCUUCCUCUCACACUCAGACCAGGAACCGCCGCUGACAUCCAAACACGCGCUUGUCGUCGCGUCAAAUGAUGGCGAGGCGAUACAACAGAGUGUCGAGGCAAUCGCUGUGGCGCAUGACAUGCACGCAGAGUCGCUCAUGCCAAAGAACAGGCCGACACCCGCGGAAGUGCAGGCGCAAGCUGCAGCGUGCUCCGUUGUGCUUCUCGUGGUCACCAAACAGCUGCAGCACUGCCUUCCUUGCCGCGCAUACACAGAGCUUGCGAUGAAGAUGAAGAAGCCCGUGGUUGCGCUGCAGCAGCUGCCGUCCCCGUAUUCGCCCUGGGUGAUGCGUGCACUCGCCCGCCGCAACCGACCCCAUCCUCAAGGAGAUGAAGACCCCGACGCCAUUCACGGCUCCGCCAGCCACUUCGCCUGCUGACGGCAGCGCGCACCACCACCAUCACCACCAGCAUCAGCACCAGUCAUCACAGCCGCAGCAGGACAACGUCAACGUCAACGUGAAGGCGCUCGUGCAGGAGUCCCUCAACACGUUUGUGUCGCAUCUGAAGAGUCAUCAGCAGAAGCUUGAAGCGCGUUUUACCGCUGUUGACGACCGUCUCGCGCGACUCGAGAAGAAGAUGGGAUACAUGGAAGGGACGGUGCAAAUGGGAUUCCGAAUGCUUCUGGAAGAUGUUGAUGGCGAGCAAGCAGACGACGAUGACGACGAGGAUGAGGACGAUGAUGAUGGUGCCGACAAGAAGGCGCCAAACGGAAAGAAGGAAUGAGCUGCAUGCAACAUGGGACAUACACACGCUCUUGUGUUGUGAUGUCGCCUGUCGUGGAUGCCAGCUGUGUUCUUAGUCUGCAGACUGUUACAGUGGCAGUGUAGUUGCAUCUUUCAUCAUCUUUCACCCUCUUCCUCCGCCGCCGUCAUGGGUGACACUUGGAGGAGAGGCGUGUCCUUUCCUCUCUUGAGAUCCAUGUUCCAGCGUUUUGUGUCGUGUCAUGUUUUGUUUGAUUAAGCCGUCCUUCAUUCAUUCAGCAAUACAGACGACCACAC